AGAGUGGGAGCCGCACUCUGAUACGCUGGAGCUGGAGAGUUGGUUGUGUAAACAGGUUCUGCAGCGAACUACAGAGGGGCUAACAAAAUGUUUGGCACUGUUGUGGUGGGGAUCGGAAUUGCUGGAUCUGUGCGGAUAAGAGACAUGCUGAAUCCGAUGCCUUCCAGUCCUUCUGAGCACCUGAAACUGUUUGGCUUUGUAUCCAGAAGAACCCUGGGUAAUAUUAAUGAGGUCAAGCAGAUUAGUCUGCAAGAUGCUCUGGGAAACAAAGAGGUCCAGGCGGCCAUCAUCAGCACUGACAACAAAACCCAUGAGGAGAAUGUCAGGAUGUUCUUGGAGGCUGGGAAACAUGUUCUUGUCGAGUACCCCAUGGCACUGUCUGCUAGCACAGCACGUGAGCUCUGGGACAUGGCUGAGCAGAAAGGUAAAAUCCUCCAUGUGGAGCACAUUGAACUUUUGACAGAAGAGUACAAGCAGCUGAAAAAGGAGGUGGCUGGGAAGGAGCUUGUGAAAGGAAUGUUACAUUUCACAGGUGGUGCCUUGGAUGAAGAGCAAUCAGGUUUCCCAGCUUUCAGCGGAAUUGCCCGCCUGACUUGGCUUGUUGACCUCUUCGGAGACCUCACUGUCACCUCUGCCAGUAGAGAGGAACAGAAAGAAAAGAAUUAUUCCAGAAUGACAGCACAUUUUCAGACUGCAGACAAGAAACCUCUGACAUGGAUUGAAGAAAGGGGACCAGGGCUGAGACGUGAUAAGAAAAUCAACUUCUGUUUCAAAAGUGGCUGCCUGGAGAACCUCCCUGAGGCCCCGAGGUCUGCUGUGGGCCUCUUCAUGCAAGAUCAGAACCUCUUUGCCAAAAAACUGUUGGGCCAGGUCUCCAGGGAAGAGCUGGCCGCUGAGAAGUGGCGCAUCCUGCGGUGCCUGGACCUCGCAGAGGAGAUUCAGCAGCACUGUGAACGGCCAGCAAAAAUCCAUUCAUAAGGCCGCUCUUUAUGAGAAAGGGAAUAUGAUAGUCAGACACUGAGUAGAGCUGCAGCUUAGUGUUACCAUAAAGCAGCUUGUUGGCAGUUAAUGUCUAUUUGAUUAGUUCUUACCAUUAAAAUCUGUGGGGUUUUGCUCAGAAGCUUGGGCCCCACAAGUGUUUUAUGCUGUGUGAGAUAUUUAACAUGGCAGAACUGGAUGAUGCAUUGGGCUGUCCCCAGUACAUGGCAUCUUUCUAGUCAAACUUAAAGCUAUCAGGCAAAGAGCAUUCAGACAUGUUGCUCCCACAGAAGUCAAUGGGAGAUUUUGUCAUUGACUUCAGGGGGAGCAGGCCCAGUGAGACUGCAGAAGUUACAAUUUAUUAAAUAUAAUUUUAGUUCCUUCUUUUUAAUAUAUAUGAGAGCAAGAGAUUUAUAGCACUGUCUAGAAUGAGGCAUAGAGCUGCUCUACAAGCCUCUCUACCUCCAAAGGUGUUAUAGCACCAUACGCCUGACCUGCAAAACUUCAGAUAUUCCAGUCUUGUCCCUUCCCUGAGUAGUUGCCCUGAACAAUACUUUGUAUAUUGGCUGUGGGCCAGAUUCUGAUAUUUUACACCAGUGUAAACGAAAUCCAUUACUUACAGCAGCAUUUACACUGGUUUAAACAGAAUAAAUUAGAUUGGAAUCUGUCCUCUCACUGGGCGUUAUGCUGAGAUCACUAAACUGAUUUCUCUGCUGCCUUAUGCCAGGUUGUAACCCAGUUUUCCAGAGGCAAAAGGUUAGUAUAAUACAUUAACCCACUGCAUCACCUGCCCCUUUCCUCAUAACCAAUCCUUGACUCCUCUGUUUCUGAACACAGUGGCACACUGAGGCAUGCCCAUAACCCCUAUUAAUGUUCAUGAAAAUUCUGCACAUAACUCAGUGUGAGAAUGGACCACUCUGAAUAAAUGAAAUGUAUUAAUUAAUAGAAACUAUAAAUAAUACAUUUAUAGAAACAGGGACAAUAUAGUAAUGCCAGUUAUAGCAUGGUGUUAGGAAACAGAGCAUUGUUGCUAUUUGAAAAAAUGCUCUCAUGCAACUGUGAUAUUAUUUAUUUGUCGUUUUUCAGUAGUGCCCAGAGACUCCAUGGUGCUAGUUGCUAUACAAAUACAUGGGAAGGUUUGGUCCCUGCCAUAAAGAAAUUGCAGUCCUGAAAAGCACCAAGUCAUCAGCAUGCAUGGAGAAAACACUGAAGCAAUACCUUUGUCUCCCUGUAUUAUAUUCUAAUUACAACAUACAUCUGUUAUAAUAGCAGUAAAGCCCUCUUCAGAAGGUAUUGUUGUCUCCCGAACAUACCUCAUGGGAAGCCAGCAGCCCUUGUCUGCAUUGGCACUGGAGGAAUAAACUCCAAAACCAAGCACAUAUAUUGUAAAUUAUAUACAAUAUAAUAAAUAUAAAAUAAUGGCCAAAUAAAACUUUAACCAUACACAUCUGAACAGCAGAUAUGGUUCAGUUAGAGAUUAGGGAUGGGUAGGAUGGGGUAUGUUGUUUGGUUUAUUAGGUUUUUUUAAAUCCAAAUCAGCUCAGCCAGACCUAAUUAGUAAUAUCUUUUCUUUAAUGUUCUUCUAAGUUGUGCCUGCAAAAUAUGGGCCUGAUCCAAUGCCCGUAAAAUCAAUGUAAAGCCUCCCUUUGACUUCAUUGGGCUUUGCAUCAGACCUUAAAUACACGUGUGCACAAACAGGAAACGUGCCUGCGCAAUAUGCAUUGUGGAGCCAAAUGGGUACUUCAGUACCAAACUGGUCUAUUUUGGAUUCACAAUGACUUCUUUACACAUGGACAUACUUUGCAGGAGCAAAUACAAUGCCAUCUUUAGAAGGAAGGAAAUUUUAUCCUCACUAGUUUUAUGACAAAAUGUGUGAAGUGCAUCCUGAUUAAAAAUAGAAUUAAAAUCUUCUGCUAUGGAUAUUCAGCAGUGCACAAAAUAUUUCUGGUUUAUGACCUCUUCCUGUUUGCUGGAAAAAAUGCUGUAGAUGCUAGAGUUGAUGACUCAGUCCCUCCUUUCCUAAUCAGGUCACACUAAUUGUGUUUGAAGCGUUUUGCAGAUAAUCCUGUUUUUUAAAAAAAAUGCACACUGCAGGAGAGUGUCUUGGACAAGCUGGAAAAAAACCGCAACAGGGAGGCAAAUAGGUAAAAUAGAUCCAACAAACUGUACUUAGCACUGAAGUUGAGUUUUUGUUAAAAAAAAAAAUAAGCACCCCACCACACACUAAUCUUUGAGUGAGUGAAAGCUUCAAGGUGAGAUUUUCAGUGUUGUCCUAUCUGUGCUCCCAGUGAAGUCAAUGGGAAUUUUACCAUUAACUUCAAUAAGAGCAGAAAGAAACCAGUGCUGAGAAGUUUUGAAUGUUCUGCCCUGAACAAGCACUGUUAUGUCUUGCUUGUGAAGUCAUUCUAUAGAUGCUCUUCCAGUUAUUACCGGCUUGUACUGCCAGAUCAAUGUGUAUGAAACGCUACCCUGCCUACCUUAACUGAAACUUCCCUCUCUAUGCUAUUGGUGUAGUUACACUUGUACACAGGGGCCAAAUUGGAAGCUACAUGUAUCGAGUCAUUUUUCCAAAGGGAUGUGGAGGUAUUAAAAUGGAAUUCUUCACGUUGCUCUUGAAGGGUGCGGCCUCAGAAAUGCGGGAUCUCAGUACAGUGACAGCCUUCAUGCGUUCAUUUCUUGCAUGUCACGUUUUUUCCAUUUUCUUGAGAUGAAGGCAAAAGGCCUUUGAUUAAAGAAAAAUAUAAAUAACAUCAAUGUUUUUUAAAAAGAAAACUUACCUCAUGUGAAAAUUGAAGUGGACAGCCUAAAGUGACACUGUCAACCUUAAAAUAUUUUUUUUAACUUGUUUGGUUUUGUUACCUCGCUUUGCUAUUAUUGAUGCUGUGGAACAUUACAACUGAAAUCUGAUUUCUUGACUUGACUUGCAACUUUUUUUUUUGCUACUAUUUGUGAAAAUGGAGACAGACUUGUGACCAUUCUGGAUUACGCAUGGCAGUCCAGUGACCUGCCCUUCCACUGCUCAGAGCACUCCCUUUACUGUGCACUGCAGUGUCUGAUGCACUAGAGUUGCUUUGAUAUCUUCCGAGAUGUGAAUUUGCUGAUGUAUUGUGCUGGUUAUAUCUGCAGGUGUUAAUGAAUGUGUUGCAUUCACAUUAAUAAAGCUGUUGGAGUUCAGCGUC